CCUCGACUCCUGGUGCGCUGCACUUUAUUGCCGUCGUGCGCCGAUGCAGCCGGGCCUGCGAUUUGCUGUGCCAUGGAUGCGACAUGGGGGCCUCGGCACCAAGCACGCCAGCUCCACCUGCUUUUGCUCUCCUCCUUUCCUGAUCAGAUCUGCCUACGUUGGUACACUGUUGGGUGACGGGCGCGCAAAUCGAAUGACACCUGCCCUCCCUUGGUGUUGUUGUUGCUGUUAUUCCACGGUGCGCUGCUGCUGCUGCUGCUGCUGCUGCUUGGAAUCGCCGCCGUCGGAUCGAAGCAGAUGAUGGCAGAUUCGCGCGCACUAGCUAAUGUCGCUCCCGAAGGCCGGGGACUUAUGGCUGGCUGGCUGGCUGGCUGUCCUGGCUGCUCUACUCUACUUGCUGGCUGCGGCAGCGGACGGCGAUUGCGAUCGAUGGAGAUGCACCACACCACUGCCCACACCCAUGCUUGCAUGCAUGCACUCACUGCAUGUCCUCCAUCUGCUUACCUAAGUAGCAGUCGU